CCCUAGCUCAGCAACGCCGAGUUAAAGAAUAUUUUCCUUACUUUUACCAGGUAAAAUGUUUUUAAUUAUAUAAUCCACUGGCACUUACAGCGAUGGACUCCAUUGAUACUACUAAACGAAAGCCAAGACGCACCCACGGCACACCAUCCUAUACGUACCGCAAUCGUUUUGCCUACGCGCUGUUGGCCGCCGGAACUGUGUUAUUCGGAAUUUGGAAUCUAACGCCGAUUCAGCGUAUUGCCAACGAAAAGUUUUAUCAGGCGACGUCUCAAACGGAGCAGGAACGUGACAGAAAAGGUCUCUUCGAGUUUGCCGCUCCAAGGACUUCAAAAUUCAUAAAGGAGGCGCUCGAGGAAAGUGAGGAGCAAAAAAACAAAUAAUGGAUCGCAAGACACGCCGGGCGAACUUUAAAAACUUACAGCUUCGGUAAUUUUAUUUUAAACAAGAACAAUAAAAUGUACUUAGUCAUCUAACAAAA